GGGCGGUCUCCAAAUGAUGCUGGAGAGCCGAGAGGCGGCACCGAGCGUUUGAAAUGUCUGCUGCAGCUGAUUUUGGGGCCAGUAUGCCGGCAUUUUUUUUCCAAAUCCGCGCACCCUGAGAUCCUGGCGAACAACGGGAGACGUGCACAGUUACCGCUGCUGCCGGUAUGUGAACAACUUCUCACACUGAAGCUAAAGAUGAACCGGCUCCGUGCUUGCUGAUUUUGUUGGGGGUUUUUUUUCCUCCUUCUUCUUUCUCCAUCGCUGUUGCAUCAAUUGGAUGCUGCGUGAAGCCGCUUGGUGAUGAUGCAUUGGUGGGGUUUGAGUGUCUUUACCCCCGAUCUGACUUUUCUCCUCGGCGAUGUAAAUUCGAGCUAUUGAGCCCGAUUUUUUUUUUUUUUUUUUUUUUUUUUUUUUUUACCCUUUUGCUCACCCACCUUGCGACAGUAAAAUAAAAGGUGGGGGAGAAAUAUGAGUGAUUUCGACGCGAGGUGUGAGGAUGCCUGUAGCUGUGGUUGUGUCAUUGCUGCGGCACGUUCCGGAGCUCCUCAGCUCAAGACAGUCUCAACAAACCUCAGCUGAAGAGAAAACAGCAAGCUGGCAAGUGCUUUAUCACCCUACAUAAGCCAUACAGAGCCCGUGCAUGUUAUGUCGGACGAAGCCACUCUCCUGGGAGGGCAUCUAUUGCACUGAGAUUUUAUUGGGGUGGGAGGGUGGGGGGGCUUCCCAAGAACUGCCACAUCCCCAAAUUCGUCUGAGGACUGCUGCGAGCACACAAGCUCCCUGAUGAUUUUUGGAGGGCAGCCCUGAUGCAUCGUGUGAGUGUGAAAACUCCGAGAGCCUUUUUGCCAGGUUUGCAUCACCAGACAGGAGACUGAGCAGACGGUAACUCUGUGUGUGUCAUGUUUAGAGGCUGGACUCUCGCCUGCUCCCUCCAACUCUGAGCCAAAAUCUUUGACCUGCCCUGUCUGAGCCCUUUUGUAUGAGCAUCACGGCGCUGCCACAACAGCACGACGGGAAACGGUGUCGAGCAGCACCAACAGUUUGUAGACAUUGCUGUUUGUGUGACUCCUUGUUUAAAAGACAAAAACACAAACCCAACCCUAUACUCAGACUCUCAGAAUAAGAGACACAGACAUCAGCUGCCAGGAUGCAGGUGUCUUUUGCAUGCACUGAGCACAACCUCAAAAGUCGCAGCGAGGACCGGCUUUGUGGCCUUCGCACCGCUCCACCUCCUGGAGGGAGCAGUGGCGGAGUAGGGGGAGGUGGUGGCGGUGGAGGAGGAGGUGGAGGAGGAAGUGGAGGUGGUGGUGGUGGUGGAGGAGGAAGCGGCGGUGGAAGCAGUGGACAAGGGAGCAAUGGCAACUACAUGUCUCAAGGUUCUGUCAAGACCAGAGAGGGUUCCGGGUCUCGUCAGACUCCUCAGGGUCACGCCCACAUGAAGGAGGCUAUUGGGCGCCACACCAAUAUGAAGUACAGGAACCUGGGAAAAUCGGGCCUACGUGUUUCCUGUCUGGGGUUAGGCACCUGGGUGACAUUUGGAUCGCAGAUCUCUGAUGAAAUGGCAGAGAACCUGAUGACCGUAGCUUAUGAGAACGGAGUGAACCUGUUUGACACAGCGGAGGUGUACGCCUCUGGAAGGGCGGAAAUUACUCUAGGGAACAUUAUCAAGAAGAAAGGUUGGAGACGUUCCAGUUUUGUCAUUACGACAAAAAUCUACUGGGGAGGCCAGGCAGAGACAGAGAGAGGACUCUCCAGAAAGCACAUUAUUGAAGGUUUACGAGGAUCCCUAUCAAGACUCCAGCUAGAUUAUGUGGACAUCGUUUUUGCCAACAGAAAUGAUGUCAACAGUCCGAUGGAAGAGAUUGUACGGGCCAUGACGUUUGUAAUAAACCAGGGUAUGGCUAUGUACUGGGGAACCUCGCGCUGGAGCGCAAUGGAAAUCAUGGAGGCAUACUCAGUGGCACGCCAGUUCAACCUGAUACCACCUGUGUGCGAGCAGGCAGAGUAUCACUAUUUCCAGAGGGACAAAGUGGAAGUGCAGCUUCCUGAACUCUACCACAAGAUCGGUGUUGGAGCGAUGACCUGGUCUCCGCUCGCUUGUGGUUUAAUCACAGGCAAGUACAGUGAUGGUGUACCGGAGUGCUCCAGAGCAGCAAUGAAGGGGUACCAGUGGCUGAAGGAGCGAGUGAACAGCGAGGAGGGUCGGAGGCAGCUGGCUAAAAUCAAGGAGCUCCAUCUACUGGCAGACAGACUGGGCUGCACUGCUGCACAGUUAGCCAUCGCCUGGUGUCUGCGCAGUGAGGGAGUCAGCUCAGUACUUCUGGGUGUUUCUAAUACAGACCAGCUUCUUGAGAAUCUGGGUGCCCUCCGGAUUUUAUCUCAAAUGACCCCUCAAACCGUUACUGAGAUGGACGCCCUGCUGGGAAACAAGCCACACUCGAAGAAAGAGUCACGCGCUUGAAGAUUCAAAUUUCAGCGACGAUGUUCCGAGAAGAUGAAGAAGACUUUGAUAUUGGGGAAACAUCGCUUUUUGCUCUGCUGUAUACUCAACAACUUGCAUGUCCUCGGCAACAUUUAUGCUUCCAGUAUGUGCGCAUAUCCAUUCUGCGCAGUACAUUAUAUCAUGCAGAAGAAAAAAAAAAGGAAAAAAGAAAAAGAGAACUCUCUCAAUUGUGGAAGAAAAAAAAAACAUAAUCGAUCAUAUAUUGCUCACUGUUGAUUGUUCACAGACUAAUUAUUUCAACAUAGAGGAAGGCUAAAGCUGGUCAAUCAAAUGUCAAUCCUAAAAUGAGGAAAGAAAGAAAAAAAAAGGCCACCUCUGCCCUAACAUGCAACUUUACUGCGUGAACGGUGCUUUCAUUAGACGUGUGAGUCUCCUCCCCUCACAGCUGCCUGUUAUUCUGUAUGAUGUUUAGUACCCAGCAGCCAGAGAGCUAAAGGUUAGUCCUCAUGUGUCUAACCGAACCUUUCCCGUAGUGUGCAUGUGACUGCUCUGCCACACUCACCGCUUUAUAGGGUUGGGAACAAUGAAUUACUUGUGAAGUAAUAAAAAAAAAACCCACAGCAAAUAAGCCACUCUGGUAUUACUUUUUUUUUUUUAAUCACGUGAUUUAAAAGGAAAAAUUGGCAAAUGAAUUUCAAGUAUGAAGGUUACAGAGUUAGAACUGAGUCUGGCAGAAAUGUUGAAAUAAUAAUAAUAACUUAUGUGUGCUGUUACGUUGUCAAAUUGGCAAUCAGAAAUCAAAAGCCAGUGACUUUUCCCAACCCUGCUGCUUUCUCAGCGGUCCGUUUGCCUCCUCUGUGCGCAUGUCCCUUUAAGACAGAAUAGCCCUAACAGGGUGUAAAUGUGGCAUGGCUUUUUUUUUUUUUACGGCUUAUGUAGAUUUGCAGUGCCCUUGUAAGCCAUUUAUUUAUUUAUUUUUUAAACUGUCGAAAACGGUCAGAUAGUUUUAUCCGACAUAACCGUCCUGAUGGGCACGCUCGCUUUAAAGGCUCCCAGCAGUCUGCGGACACGGCUUGUGUGUCCAUGUUGCAUAUAAUCUUUGCAUCGUCCUAAACUAUGUCAAAAGAUGCUGACAUCACUUUCAGCGGUGCCGAGUUGCUGAUCUCGAGUCGCAGGUCUGAGACGGCUGGACUGAGUGGAAAGGUUGCUGGGUGUCUGACACAAAGAUUGGGACAUAUUGUGGUGAACGUUAAGUUUUCAAAAAGAUGGUAAAUAAAAACAAUACGUGUGAGUUUAUCAAAUGUGAUACGAGUCUUACCACAGACCACUUAGGGUAAGAUUUCGAUUAAUGUUAACUUUUCUUUUUGUUUGUGGAAGCCCGAAAACACAGCUUCUCUGCUCAUUUCUCUCUCUGCAUCGUUCCAAAUUCGUUCCCAUUCUCAAACACAUGCACGACAGAUUUUAUACUGUGCACUUUGUCUUUUUCCCUUUAGUUUUGUAAUGACUUCAAUACUUUGUAAUGUGAAGGGGGGUGUCUUUUGUUUUGUUUUUCUCUUUUUUUUGUGAUUUGCCAUGAAAACUAAUCUCCGAGGUGGCGUUUUUUGAUACACCGGAGUUGUUUCAGCAGACGCGAGGUUGCAAUAUAUUGUAAAUAGGCUCGUGUGUUUUGACGGUGACGUAACAAGAGAAAGUUCAAGUCUGUGGUUCAUGACGGUUUUCUUAAAUGAGCCGCUGAAACGUGGCUCUCUGUGAGUCUGUCAUGAUGUACAGUUCGACUGAGCGUAGCUUCCUGUGUACAUAGGUCCUUCAAUCAAACCUUGAAAAUGUAACUUUGCCUGCUUAACUUAUAUUUUACUGUCUUGCAACAAAGAGAAACCAAAACACAAACAAAAAAUAAUAAUAAGAGAAGAGACAACUGAUUCUGAAUGUAUCAUGUCUGUUGCUCAAACCUACUUAAGGGACAAAGCACAUACCCUGUUCCAUGAAGUCCAGUGGUUUUUGAACCUGCAAACGUGCAAACAUUUACAUUGGGAUUAGCCAACUCAAGCUUCUUGCACCCCCUUCUUUCAGCUGUUAAUAGAAAGUCCGAUGAGAUUUUUGUAUUUCCAAAACCCGGAGUAGUCUAAUCACAGGUGUGACGCUAAAUCCCCCAACUGCUAGCUACUCUUCCACGUUCAUUUUUGGACCACCCUUUAUUUGUGUACAUGUGCGAUGCAAUUUUACGAGUUGCAUAUGAGGCGGCAUAUGGGCCGCGAGCACUAGGAUUAGUCACAACCUUCAUUCUCGCAUAUCAUGUGCUCCCUUGAUGGGUUUUAGCUUCCUUAUGUACACUUUGAUGAUCAACACAAUGUUGAUGGACAUACUUAGAUGACUAAGACACUUAAACCUGUAAUUGCUUCAGAUUUUUGUUUUAUUUUGUUCGACAUUUUUAUGCAGAUAGAAAAAAUAAAGCAGCUUUCAGCUACAUA